AUAUGCCCCCUUGAUUCAAGGGCAUAUAGGCUUAUAAAAGGAAUGUGUCUUACUGUUAUUGGAUAAACGUCGUUUGUGAAUCCCAUCAAUAACUUUAUUUGAAACACAAGCACUGAGAAACGCACAGUAACACAACUAUGGCUGACUCAGACCACGUAACAUUUACAGAAGGCACAUUUUACCAGGGACAUUUUGACAGCAGAGCAUACUUAAAAAAUUACUUAACGGCUAGCGGUGAAUGCCCUAAGGUUUUGGCUUUCCUUCUACGCUGCCUGCACGAGACAUUUGCAUCAGGAAAUCUCAAGGGCAAGAAGCUGAUAGAAAUAGGAUGUGGACCUACAGUCUAUUGUUUAAUAAGUGCCAGCAAAUACUUUGAAGAAAUGGUGAUGUCAGACUUUACCGACUGCAAUCGCAGAGAGGUUGAGAUGUGGCUGAAAAAUGAGGAGGGCUGUUAUGACUGGCGUCCCGUCAUCCAGUUUGUCUGUGACCUGGAAGGCAGAAGCAGGUCACCAGAAGAGGUGGAGCAGAGGAUGAAGCAGGCAGUGAAGCAGGUGCUGAAAUGUGACGUUCGAGAGAAGAACCCUUUCCACCCUCUGACCAUGGAGCCGGCGGACUGCAUAGUGUCCAGUCUGUGUCUGGAGGCUGCCUGCAAGGACCAGGAGACGUACCGCCGGGCUCUGGGCAGUAUCGCGGCUCUCAUUAAACCUGGGGGUGCACUUGUGCUCAUUGGGGUCCUCAAUGAGACCUUCUACCUCGUGGGGCAGCACAGGUUCUCCUGUCUGGUUCUCAGUCAGAGCAUAAUUGAGGAGAUUCUGCGCGACCUGGGCUUCUCCAUCAAGCAGGUCAACAUCCAGUUAACGGAUGGGAGCGAAAAAGAGUUCUAUGAUGCCGAGUCGUUUUUUCACCUGGUUGCUCACAAAACAAAAUAGGAUUUAGUUGAAUUGAGGAUUUGUUUUUGUUUUUUUAUAUAUAUACACAGGCAUUUGUGAACCAACGGCCUGUUUGAGGAUAAAAUUUGACCAAAAUAUAUUAACGGACUCACUUGAAUCAGAAUGCGUGAUGUAUUUUUUAAAUCAUCUAAAAUAAUUAUGUGAAAAUAUUCUGAAUGGGAGACAUGGUCUUUUUAUUUUUUACAUUACAUUACAUUAUUGGCAUUUGACAGACGCUCUUAUCCAGAGCGACGUACAACAAAGUGCAUACCCAUAACCAGGGAUAAGUUCGCUGAAAGACCCUAGAGGGAAGUACAAUUUAUUUGGGUGGAAAAAGGUAGUGCAUGUCAUACAUUACAUUUGGUAGUAAAAAAAAAAGAAAAAAAUAACUGCUCAGUCACUGCCCAUUUUCCAGCACAGUCUCACUCAGCUCUUCACACUGGACAUUGACAAGCUAUAAAUGUACUUCCCUGUGGGAGUGCCCUAUGACAACUUCUAUCACCUGUAUUCAUCGUCUACCCCUCUUAUGGCACUUUCUAUUUUAACUGAUUCUUUAUGUGAAUUGCACCUUAUCCGGUCUGUUCUGUAGUUCUAAUGACCUUUGCUAUGGACUUAUUGUACGUUGUUUUGGAUAAAAGGGUCUGCUGAAUAAAUGUAAUGUCAUUGUAAUAAAAUGCAUAUGUCCAUA